AUGAAAAAAGUUACAACUCUUGCAAGUAUAACCUGGAAGGAUGCAAUUUCACCACAAAAACAACCUUUCGCAGAUAUCGCCGAGAAGAUUAAAGAGAAACAUAAGAGCGAACAUCCGGAAUAUGCGUACCGUCCCAUGAAGAAGAAUAACGACUUUAAAAUUUAUACUCCGGGUGCAAGAAAAACUGACUUUAACAACACAGGACUCGCUUUUAUAAUUGAUGAGGAAGACCAUUAUGUCAAUAAUUUUCCUACUAUUUCUCCUUCCACUAUUGAUACUACACCAAUAACUAUUGCCGAUACAAGUUACAGCAAUGAUCAAUAUUUCCCAAUUGAUGCCACCAUCCAAUACCUAUUUAAUUCAUAUGGUAUAUUCGACACUGCCAACUUAUGCAACAAUUCCAAUGAUCUGUCAUCAAAACAAGCCGAUUCCCAGCCUAUUCUCGACGGCUCUACUUUCAAUAAUCUCGCUAUGCCAGUGGCAGAACAAUAUCCAUUCAUGCACGACAAUAAUGAAUACUUGCACUUCUAA